AGGUCGCCUGCUGUCCACGGGGAAGCGGUAUGCCGACCACCCGGACCGGCUGGCCAGCCUCAGGGAGAAUUGCGGGCCAUGCUUCAUGAACCAGCACGACGCCCCAGUGCUCUUCAUCAAGGAGAGCAACGAGGGCAUGGGCUCCAGGGUGCAGGAACUGCUGACGGCCAUGGCCGUGGCCCACAGGAACGGCAUGAACUUCGGCGGCAUGGUCUCGAGGGGCGUCUGUCACAAGGCCCACGGCGCCUCCGUCGUGAGGGCGGCCAGGGCGUUGCUCAAGCUGCCCCACGGCAACGACAUCUUCACGGAGGAGCCCCCGAUCUUCCACGCCGUGUACCGCGGCGUGCAGAACCUGGAGGAGAACUUCGCACGCGGGAGCUUCCGCGGGCCCGACUUCCAGUCUGGGGCCAACGUCCUCGUGCAGCUUCGGUGCAUCUCCUGCGAGCUCGACGGGCCGGAGUGGAACCAUUCGGAGUAUCAGCAGUACUGGAAUCCGCCCUUCAUGAAGGCGCUGAGGGAGUCGGCCGUCGGCCUUUAUUCCCAGCCGCUCGUCUACAGCAGCAACGUGCCCGCCGUGGCCGUGCACGUUCGGAGGGGCGACGUGAGCCAGAACGACACCAGGCGGCACACGCCAGAUUCCUGGUACUUCAAGCUGGUGAGCCGCAUCAGAAAGACGAUGCCCGACGCGGACGUGCACGUCUUCAGCUCCCUCGAGGGCAAGCACGAGGAUUCAGAGUUCGACGAGUACAGGAAGCGCGGAAUGACCGUCCACCUCGACGAGACGGACAUCGCGAAGCCUUGGGCGCAGCUCGCCCGCGCCGACGUGCUGGUCAUGGCCAAGAGCAGCUUCUCGCAUGUGCCAGCGUUGUUGAGCAACGGCUGCGUCCUCUACGAGGAGUAUUGGCAUCGGCCGAUGCAGAACUGGGUGGUUGUGAACCCCGGGGAGCACGGUCAGCCCUCGUACGACGACGCGAAGCUCGAGGAGUGCUUGCAGAAGGUGCUUGUGCUGUACGACUUCUAACGCGCGUGAUCCCGUGGCCAGGCGUGCUGACCGCACCGUGGGGGUGAGGACGAGCGCGUGGAUGAGGAGGAGUGGCCCCGCUGUGCGCAUCAGGGGUCCGCUGUAGGCGGCGGCCCCGCCACUGGCGGCCCACCCUUGAUUGAUCUGCCUUGGCAUUUGGGAGCGGGCCUCUGCGAGGGCUGGCCCAGCAGAGACAAAGAUCUGCGGCGGGCGACGACGUUCCCAGGCCUCGCCAAUGGGGUCCGACUAGAUAGCCCCGCAUGCCCGUCGCAUCGGCGACGUGGUUCGAUCCAGAGCCCCAUGACAGAGUAUGAGUGUGAACCAAUCGGAGUAAUACGGUCGG